AUGAAGCUGACUUCGGAGAGUGCGUCAGUGUCAAAACUCAGCGCAACAUCAGCAACACUGACUGGUACCCCUGCGCAGACUUCACCUACUACAGGAAAAGCUAAAGUACAGAAUGAGACAAAAGUGACUGAACCACCAAAGAAGAUUAUUAGUUCCUCGACUGUGACGACGCCUUUGGGGACAGUCGCAACUACUACAACAACGACUACUACUACUACUACUACUACUACUGAGGCUCCAGUCGUGGUCUCCAGUACCCCGUACGCAAGCUCCUCGACUUUGCCGACGACUUCAAAGAUCACACAGAUUGAAGUUCCUAGCUUGCAUAGUAAAAUUCCUCUGAGUUCCACCACCACAACUUCACCGACUAAAUUUACAAGCAAAUCUCCAGGAGUGAUAAUCAGUAAUCCCAGCCUUAAUCCCAUAGUAUCGACACAAAAUGUCUUUAUUUCCAACACUAUAACCAGUACUACAACUCAGAAACCUGUGGCGGAAGCUUAUAUAGCCAAACCCAAACCAGACAAGCCUGUUGGAGCCAGAGGCUACUUUUUACCAGUGAAGUGA